UGGCGGGUCAGUCAUCUUGCAGCCAUGGCUCUGUUGUCGGUGUUCCGCGCAGUGGUGCCAACCCGUGGCAGGUUCGUGCUGCCUCCACGUGCUGUGCGUAGAAUUUUGUCGUCGUCCUCGUAUCGGUCACAGGACGCUACCAAAGAUUACCCCAGUCGACCGGGAAGGAUCAUACUUGAGUCGCCUUUCCCACCCGUCACGAUUCCCGACAUGACGCUGCCGGAGUAUGUUUGGCAGAACGUUGACAAGUGGGCUGAUAGCACGGCGAUGGUGUGCGCCGCGUCGGGACUCAGCUACACGUACCGCGCGCUGCGGGACGAGAGCCGCGGGUUCGCCUGCGCGCUGCUGCUCGCCCUGGGGCUGCGGCCGGGCGACACUCUGGGCGUGCACCUGCACAACUCGCCGCUCUUCGCGGCCGUCGUGCUGGGCGCCAACGAGGCGGCGCUCGUCGUCACCUUCUCCAACCCGCUCUACACCCCAGACGAGGUGCGGCGGCAGUACGCGGGCAGCAAGGUGCGCUGCUGCGUCACCAGCUCGGCGCUGCUGGGCGUGGUGCGCGAGGCGGCGCCGGACCUGCCCGUCGUCGUGGUGGACGCGGACGACGACUGCGCGGGGUCGCGCGCGCUGUCGUACCGCAGGCUGGUGCGCGAGUCGCGGCGCGCCGAACUGCCGCGGGCCGACCCCGCCUCGCUGGCUGCGCUGCCCUACUCCAGCGGCACCACCGGCGCGCCCAAGGGCGUCAUGCUGAGCCACAGGAACCUCGUCAGCAACCUGCAGAUGGUGCACCACCCCGACCUCAGCUUCUUCCGGCCGAGCUCAGCAACCUCCCACGAGCGAGUGCUGAGUGUGAUCCCACUGUACCACAUCUACGGCUACAACACCAUCAUGAACGUGGUCCUGAGAUGUGGGGCGGAGCUGAUCACCUUGCCCAAGUUUGUGCCCGAGGACUACCUCAAUGCGCUGCUCAAAUAUAAGCCUACGUUCUUGUUCGUGGUGCCGUCUCUGAUGCUGUUCCUGGCCACGCAUCCCUCCGUCACCUCCGAGCAUCUCCGCUCGGUCGAAAAGAUGAUGUCCGGGGCGGCACCUGCCCCAAAAAACCUCAUACAGAAGUUUCGCGCCAAAGCCGACCACAUUGAAACCAUGCAAGGCUACGGCAUGACGGAGGCAUCCCCGGUGCUGCUCGUGGCUCACCACCACUUCCCCAGGAGCAAGACGGGCUCCGCCGGCCAGGUGACUCCCUCCACGCAGUGCAGGGUCGUGGACGUGGACUCCGGGAGGGACCUGGGCCCGCACCAGCCCGGGCAGCUGCUCUUCAGGGGGCCCCAGGUGAUGAUGGGCUACUUCGACAACCCGGAGGCAACGCGGGAAACCCUGGACGAGGAAGGGUGGCUGCACACGGGCGACGUGGCUUACUACGAUGAGGAAGGCUACACGUACAUCGUGGACCGCACCAAGGAGCUCAUCAAGGUGAAGGGCAACCAGGUGUCGCCCACCGAGCUGGAGAACAUCAUCAUCGAGCUGCCCGGGGUCACGGACGUGGCAGUGGUGGGCGUCCCGGACGAGAGGGCCGGCGAGAUCCCGAGGGCGUUCGUGGUGCUGGGCAAGGACUCCCCCGUGACGGAGUGCGACAUCGUGGACCACCUGGAGCCUCGCGUGGCCCCGUACAAGAGGCUGGCGGGCGGCGUGCGGUUCGUGGACGCGAUACCACGCAGCCCUGCCGGCAAGGUGCUGCGCCAGCAGCUCAAAACGCUCGUGUGACUGGACAAUCAUUUUGUAAUUCUUCGAGUGGUUGAGGUAUUAUUACUUAAUACCAGUGAAUUUUACAACCUGAAGCAACUGGCGAGAUGUAAAAAAUCAGUGGCGAAACACAAGUUGAGAGAUGUGGGGGCCACCUUGACACAUCACCUUGACGGGGAUGCCAGAUUAUUUCCCUUCGAUCAAAUAAUCCACCCAAAUACAAACGUGGGACUGAAGACACUAAAUUUAUAUUAAAAUAAUAUGUAUAUAUUUUAAAACAGUCGAGAAGAUAUCCGAUCUCUCGUACUUUUUGAAGAAAGUUUUUGGAGUGCAGUGGGAAAGUGAUCCAUUCUGCCAUAGAAACCAUCAUCCCAGCACUCACCUGGUGGUGUCAUGCAAACCCAGUGGAGGCCAAAAUCAGAUUUGCUUGGAUAACGAUCCAACCCAGAACCCAGGAACGCUAGUUCGGGGUCUUGCGACUGUGAUGUCUUGCUCCUUGAACCGUUCGCUACACACUGUUUUGUUUUGUUUAGAUGUACACUUCCACAGAUUUUUCCAAUAAAAUUGUUUGCAUUUGCUGGUUGUCAGACUGCUAGGAAAUUCAUUGAUUUGCAGCUGUUUGCAUUUGGUUGUAAGCAUUUUUUAGCUUUUGGUUCCAUGCAUUUAUCAUACUUUCUGGAAGAAAGAAGAUUGUAAGUAAACCAAUCCUCACUAUUGUUAACUUAGAAUUUAGUGUACUUGUGACAUAUGUAAAUUUUUUUUCUUCAAAAAUAUAAAUAAAUAUGUAAUUUUUAUUUCUACUGGUAUAAACUGUAAAAUACCCCCAACACACACACACACACACACACACACACACACACACACACACACACACAAAAUAGUAUUUUUUAAAUCUGUGAUACAUAAGUAUUUUUUUUAAUAGAUCACCUUUUACCUAAACACGUAUGUUGUAUUGGUCCAAUAUUGUAAUGGAGUCCUAACAACUUUGGUAUGAAACAAAUGCUUAUAUACUAAAGUCAUACCAGAGUGUUUGUAUCGAACCCACAACUCUCGCAAUGUGAGCAUGGUGCGUUUGCAAUUACUGCCCAGAACCAAUGCAGGAAAAAAGAGGGAACAAGAAGAGGGCACUUUCACCUUUGGUAUGCCUCUGGUAAAGAUAACAUAUGUAAUAUUAAGACAUAUCAAGUGUUUAUGUAAUGAUUUAGUUAAAAUAAGAACUGCUGUUACACUGUAAGACUCCAUAAUUGUGCAUAAGAGCAGAAACAGCAGCACAUCAACAACUUAUGCAUUAACAUUUUCUUGAGUUAUGGACAUGGUUAGUGAAAAUUAAUUUAAUACUUAUUACUUAUUCAGAAACCCAAACGAGUUUUAUACAUUUUUGUAUAUCUUCAAUUUUGUAUGUUGUUAAUGCAGUGUUUUAACUUCAGAUAUUGAAUAACUCUGAUAUUAUGAUUUUACUUGCUGCAUUACACGUAACCUCAAACCAUGAACACUAACGCUAUUGUAAUUUUUGUAUCUAUAUUUUUUAAACAAGUAAAGAUGCCAUUACCAUACCAGUUCAUAUUUGCAAAAAAUUUAUUUGUACAGUUCAGGCACUAACAACUUUUCUGAUUUACAAAAUUAUUAUUUUCUAUUAUUAGAAAGAUUAUUAAACCUGUAAACUUAAUUCCAGACACUAUUACCAAAUGUGUUUCUGCCAUGAUUUGCCAAUAGUGCAUCCUGGCAAAUGUGAGGUAAACUAACCCUGAAAGCAACUGGGGCUAAACACUUGGGCAUCGGAGAUAUUUCUUCAUAAUAUAAACCACACAACUAUAUUAAAUGAGUUUAAGUAAAUACACAAUGAAUGAAGCAAAUACAUAGCUAUUUAGGAAAGAGCAAAAUAUUGUUUGUUCAUUUGUCACAUUAUUAAUUUGUUGCAUGGUAUAUAAUACUACACAAGUACCAUUGUCAUUUUGUGCACAUGGAAAAAAAAAUCACAUAAAAGAAUGCUAGUUCAAAUCAUGCUGUAAUUAAUUGGGAUAUUUACUUUUUUUUAUUUACAUAAAAAAAAAACUAUAACAGCAUUACUUAUAUAGGUGUGUGUGAAUUACCUUUAGAUAUAGGAAUGUAUCCAAUAUUGUAAAUAAAUUGUAUCAUUGAAGUUCAAC